UAUAGCAUUCUGCACAGGACACACAAUGAAUGUAACAUCCCAGGGUUAUUCUUCAUUUUGUACACCUGCUGCUAACUACAUGAGAUAUGGACCGAGUCACAUCAUCUGAUCGAGUGAACUAUGGCAUCGUCGUCUUCGCGCUGACGUCGAUCAGCUUUAUGCUGCUGCGAAAAUGGAUAGCUGGUGGUGUGUGCAAAAGCUUUGCUCGUUUGGAUGGAAAGACAGUUGUGAUCACUGGUGCCAACACUGGGAUUGGCAAGGAAACUGCAAAAGAUAUGGCUCGUAGAGGGGCUCGGGUAAUUAUGGCCUGCCGGGACUUGACACGUGCUGAGAAAGCUGCGGAGUAUAUUCGCCGCUCCACAGGAAAUGGCAAUGUAGUCAUCAGACAUUUAAAUCUAGCCUCUCUCUAUUCUGUCCGAGAGUUUUCCAAAGAGUUCAUAUCCACAGAAGAACGACUGGAUAUACUCAUCAACAAUGCAGGUGUGAUGAUGUGUCCAAAGUUGAUCACAGAGGAUGGCUUUGAGACACAGCUGGCUGUCAAUCACUUGGGACAUUUUCUUCUCACCAAUCUACUAUUAGGAGUGCUAAAGAGAUCCUCCCCCAGCCGCGUAGUGAAUGUGUCCAGUAUUGUACAUGUUGGUGGUAAGAUUGACUUUGAUGACCUUUUCUUUGACAAAAGGCCUUACAGUCCUCUGGCCAGCUAUAAACAGAGUAAGCUGGCCAAUGUGCUUUUCUCCAAAGAACUUGCACAAAGAUUGAAAGGUACAGGAGUUUCCUCAUACUGCCUGCAUCCUGGAGUUAUUCGAACAGAGCUGAAUCGUCAUAUUCUAUUAAGGUACCCAAUGCUGAAGACUAUACUCUCUCUGCCCAGUAUGCUACUGAUGAAAACUCCCUGGCAGGGCGCACAGACCUCCAUCUACUGCGCUGUCGCUGAAGGCUUAGAGAGGAAGUCUGGCUGCUACUUCAGUGAUUGUGCCGAAAAAGACACUGCUCCAGAAGGAAAAGAUGAUGCAGUGGCAAGAAGGUUGUGGGAGGAAAGUGCUCUACUGGUCGGACUAAACAACCCACACUGACGCUCUUCCUGAUUGCAAGUGCUCCCUCUAGUGGUGAUACCUGUGACUAUAAAAUAAUAAAGAGGUAGCGGAAUCACAGAUAGGAUGUCAUGGCAGAGCUAGGGCCAAGGUAAAUUGAUUUCCAUCGAGAGAUGCAUAUUUGCCAGUAUUGGUUUUUUUUUUUUUUUUUUUUUUUUUUUGGAACAGGAUUUUCAAGAAAAAAAGCACAGUGGCUGUGUUUUCUUUGAAAUUGAUCACAUUCUUAUCAAUUAUGAGUGGACCGCUUUGGAGAAAGAACAAGAAGCAAUGACAACAAUGAGUUGUGUGUUUUUUUUUUUAAAUCUUUGUUCUCAGGAUUGAUGACAUGAUGGUGCUCAGGACAUUAUCCGAACAAACUCCCGUAAUAUUCUUUAAAAAGAAAUGUGAGGUACAUUGUGUCCAGUAUUGUGCAUAUCUAAUUGUGUAUAGAUUAUGUUUAUAAUAUGUAAUUAUGUUCAUUAUUAUGUAAUUAUGAUACAACAAGCCUGUAUCCUUCCACAAUGAAAUACUGCAGGUCAAUUGAAAAAUAAAGGAAAAUAUGGUUUCGACAGAUGCAGACCCUGGACCACAUGAUCACCCUGUGAUGUGGUUGUAGGUUACAGUUGCAAUUAUGUAACAAGGACACUCAAAUCAAUGUAAAACAGCACUCCUAUUUUUUCUCUUUAUUGAUUUUUACAUUCCGAUAAUCCCCCCCCCAAUUAUUCAUAUUUAAACAGUGUAAAAUUCUAAG